AUGUUCUCACCCGCGCUUCAAGAAGGCGGGCCUGCAAAAGGCACGCGAAGCAGUCGCCGCCGCCAGCGACCUGCCGGUUCCGAUGCCUCCCUUCAGCAACAACCCAAGGCGAAGCGCCAGCGGGUGCCCCUGUCGGAGAGCACAUUCCAAAAUCCCGAUGCUGCGCCCGAGAUGUACGAGGUCAAGCCCGACAAGAUCGACCUACUUGGGAAGCGCGACGGCAUUGAAAAUAUCGUACCUCCGCGAAAGGAGCUCAGCGUCCGGUCCAAAAAACCCAAAUUGGGCGAGAGAACGAGCAAAGGAGACGGGAGCAUUAUUUUGACCUCGAAUAAUGCAUUCACAGUAAGCAAGCUGCCGGCGCUUCCAGAUAGACUCCGCGCAGACGCGCAAAGUCGACAACACGGCGAGAUCUACGCCUCAAACGGCUACGCCCUGACUCUCACCCAUACACAUGCUUUCGUCUGGCCCUAUACUUCGACCGCGGCCUCUCCCGAGACUUUCAUAUUCACGCUUCCAUACCCCUCAAAACAUGCCUCCGAUCCUCUCCCGCUCGGUUCCCUGGUGGCGCCGUCAUCAUCUUCGGACGAGCCCGGCUUGGUCAUUGUCAUGCCAGUUAGCGGCAAGAUUGCCUACUGGGAAUCCAUUUCCAGUGCUGCGACGCUCGACUUCAUCCGCCAACAACGGAGCGGAGUUGAGGAUUCUAUAUACGGAAUGUUCUCGGGAGAGCACGUCAUCCAGGUCGUCAAUGCCGAAUCUGCCGGAUUCGUCUUGGUAUUCAGCAGCGGGAGAUUAGCAUACAUGAGCGUAAGGGAUACCCAUGGGCGGCCUGGCAUCUCGGUCCAAUUCCUUCGGAGUGGUUUGAGCAGCAACGCCCUAGGAUUUUUUGGUAGCAUCCGGAAUGUGUUGAGCGCCUCGAUCUCCCGGGGAGAUAUCGCUGCUGCGCGGGCCGGUUACGGAUCCAAAGUUGGAGAGCGAGUUGUCGUCACGGCAACGUCCAAAGGAAAACUUCACUCCUGGAAGCUACACCGCGGUGGUCACCAUGAAUUCUUGGCGGAAUCCGAUAUUCGCGAGCGAUUGCUCGAUGCGAUCCUUGAGGCGGAUCCUGCUGUGGUCAAUUUUCCACGGGAUUCGUUCGAGGUCCUUGAUUUUGCCUUUGUACCUCGGGGAUUAGAUCAGAAAUAUGUCGACGCGAGUCGCCUCAGCGAAGCGCUGACGCACGAGGACGACUCCUUGCAGCAUAUACUACUUCUGGUAUCGUUCUCCAAGCAACAUCAGGCCAGACACUCACUUGUUGAGGUAGUCAUCGCCUCGGAAGGCCCAAGAGUGGGAUCGGUUAGGCCGUUGACCUCGUAUACCACCCCCGUCCGAAAGACAGCUCCUGAGAAGCCCCGGAUCUAUCUUCCGCGUCCCGGCCUCGUCGCGGUUAUCGUCUUUGAUCGGGCCGUGGUUGUCGCGUCCAUGGUCUCACCGCCCGAUAAUCCGGAUUCGCAGCUGCAGGAGGAUACUCACACAAUCCCCCCUAGUUUCGAGGAUGUUAUCGACUUCAGGGACGAAGAGUCUUUACAGGUUGUUGGUUCGGGCGUCGAAGAGCCCACUGGGAACGGACACUUGCAAGACGAGCUACGGAGUGCACACCGCCACAAGGCAAAAAAUCCAACCGCCGUGCUGCUGCUGCAAGGGAUAGGAACCGUCAGGCUCGCAGUCACCGAUAUCGACCGAUUUGCGAGCGAAAAGCCCCCAGAGGUGACCGCGAAGAGCAAGCUGGAGCAGGCUGUGUUCUUUGGGUUGAAGGAUGACAACCCAUUGGUUUUCCAGGGAAGGAGAGCUCUCCAAUUCUCCAACGAAGAGAUUGGGAAUGCGGCAAUCGAACUGAGCCAUGAAAUCGUGAGCUCAAAAACACCUUUCAUCCCGAACCUCCCGGCUUCCCUUGAAAACAACAUGAAGAGCAGGAUGGCGUACCUGGACGCCAUAAUCAUCUACCUCAACGCGGCCAGAGUGAAACUGGAUACGCGGACGAGAUGGAUGUUGCUCUACAACGCGGAGAAGAUGGCGGUCGCGACUUGGAUCUGGAAGAAGCACGAACAGUUCCUCGCAGAACGCCCCAAGGGCGACAAAAAGACGCUGAUCUCCGAGACGGCGGACUACAUCCACGAGAAUCAAAAGACAGAGCUAAAUACGGCUGUUGGUCAGGUGGAUCCUGUCCGUCAUUGGUUCAUCUACGACGUGUGGCGGUUGGACAUCUUCGUUGCCUGGGCUUACCAGAUCAUCAAGUACCAGUUCACCGAGCAGCUGGCAGAUGAAGCGGGCCUAAAUCGUAUGAUCUGGGAGGCUAUCACUGUCAACAACGGAGCGCUUUUUGAGGCGCGCCAGUUUCGGUUUACGAGAGCGAGUCAGUACGGGAUUGACCCUAAGCAUGUCCCAAGCGGCGAUGCUGCACUCGAACCGUGGACUGCUACCCAUUUUAUCACGAAUAAUUCCAAGCGAUUGGUCGAGUUUUGCCACCAAUGGCUCGACAGGUACUGGAAGGAGCCAGCAGAGGAUAAGUCAAUCGACCAUCGCCUCAUUAAUUCUAUUCGGCUCCUUCUGCCGUCCUUGACGAGCCAAUAUCUCACCUCCCUGACCGAAUACUCCGCCUGGGCGGUGCUGAGCGAUGACGCGCAGGCCCAGGAGCGAGGCAAGCUCUAUCAGCAAAUCUACCAGGAUGAUGCUUAUGCCAAGAUUCUGAGGUUGAAGGAUUUCGACCUGUGGGAUGAGGCCACCGAGCUUGCAAAGGAGUUAAGGGCAUUUGAUGCCCUUGCGGAGGUUGUGGUCCAGCAGAUCCUAGUACUAGAGCAGGCUGCGGCGGAGGGCAACACAACAGACAGCGCCGCGCAAGAAAAACUCGCUCAAGCUCGAGUAAAGAAGCUGCAAUUGGGCCAUUUAUUCGAUGAAUACAAAGAGGACUUUGCGUUCCGCGCUUAUCAUGUUCUUCUGGAGAGCAGUGGCGUUCAGUCCGUCCUGGACUUUCCUUUCGACAAGAAUGGCUACGGUACCAGAUUCCUCCGGACCAAGCCUGAACUUGCCAAAAUAUCCUGGAUUAACGACGUCCAGAGAGAGAAGGACAUUGACCACGCCGCCGAAACCCUGCUUAAUCUAGGCCUCACCCGCGAGCAGCAGAUCUGGAAUAAGAAGAUCGAGCUCAGCCUGAGCAAACUAGCACUCCUUGCUGAGGAAGCCGAACAGUCUACAAACGGCGAUGGCGCCAGCAGCGCUCCGUCUGAGAGCGAAGAAAGGAUCGGUGUCCACCUCGAAAAGAUCGACCAAGCCCUGGAGCUCAUCAAGAUCCAAGAUGACCUGUACAGCCAAAUUCGACCUACCAUCCAAGGGGGUGUCGACGAGUCAGCUGAGUUGGAGCUGGCCCUGAAGGAGCACGGCACCCUGAUCCCCAAGAAGCAAAAGGGUCUGCAACAAAUCUUUGAGACUGCCAUGUCCCGCCUGCUCAAGCACGAAGCAUUGGAGCCGCCUACCCUGAUUGAUCUGCUGACUUUGACAUCGCUCGACGUCAAACACUUCGACGCCAUCGGCGACCAAUUUCUACUCGCCCUCAAAGUGGCCAGGUUUGGCCUCAAGGACGAGGAUCGCGCCAAUGCGGAGCGACUGAUUUGGCGGCGAUGCUUCAUUCGCGACGAUUGGAAGGUCGUCAAUGAGACCAACAUGAAGGGGGACCUUGACCAGCUCGCCGCCGUGGGGGAUACGACCACCUACCGUGCUCUGUUUGCGGUGAUUGACGAACAACACUCCGACGAAACCUUCCACCCGUUUGUGAAGCCCUCGGAGGCCCUCGGCGUCUAUGCUGAGUCGCUCGAUCGUCGCUUCGACAGCAUGGACGACGGGUCGCGCAGUAAGCUGCUCGAAUCGAUGAGGUGGGAGGAUGCCCGCCUCAAGACCUUUAUCGACAAGCACCAGCUCGAAGCCUGGUACCGCACCACGAAGGACUGUGCCGAGAAGACGGUCGCCGCUGCGUAUGACCAGCUGACGGCAGAGAAGCAGCAGGCGCCGGCGCUGUCGCCGGCGAACAGGAACGGAAACGGAUACGGCGCUCCCAAAGUGAGGCUGUUUGCUUCGACUUCUACUUCUCACGGAGGUCAGGACCGUGAUGGUGCUGGUGGGAGUGGGAGACGUUUGUUUAGGGUUUGA